AUUGCCGAUUUAAUCAAACGAGAAACAUGUGGUUGCGUAAGAUCUCCAUGUGUCGCUUCCCUCUUCUUCGUCUCUUGAUCGUCGGUCUCACACUCGCGAGGGUCCUCGAAGCGUCUGAAGAGAUACGCAAAACGAGAGUCAUCUUCGAGGAGACUUCCCCGAUGUCUAAUCAAUAUUCCUUCAACGAAACGACGACGUUCGCUUCGUUGUCAGAAGCGAUCACCGACAGCGACCGGCAAUUGGCAUCACCAAUCGUCAUCGAAUCCCGCUCUCUAAACCAUUCCGACGUCUUCAAGCCUAGCCGGCACUUGGGUGAGAUCGAGCAAUCAUCCGUUCGAGAGAGCCCAUUCAACAACGUGCAACACGUGAGGCUCGGAAACAAGGUUCACCUGGAUACGCAGCGCGAGCGGUUUCAGAAAAUCCUUCAGGACGGAUAUCAGGGUGCCUCCAGUCUGCUGGACGAGGCGACGCAGUCGAGCAGAAUUAAAUUCCAGGACGACGGCGUGGUGCAAUCAUCGAACAUCCGUCAGUCUUUCGACGAUCGGCAGACUGUUACAGAGAGUUCGAAAUCGCAGUAUGACGAAGGUGCCGUUGGCCACGUGCUCGUCGAUCAGACGUUCUUUCAAAACGGCGAGAAGCCGGAGAUGCAGGUCAUAUUCGACAAAACGACGACCGAUCAUCGACCGACCGGUAUCUACUACGACGCUUCGAGGUCACCGUAUGUCGUCAGUUAUUACACCGAUCAGAAUCAGAAUGCUUAUCAGCCGGUGUCACAGGAGCCCUUGAUCGAGAUGAUGAAGACCCCGGAGAGCGACGGUGUCAUGGUACUUCAGCAUCACGAGUCAACUUACACAAGAAAGCGGAAAUUUCCCUAUCCGUUUUAUCAACCGAGUACCGGCGAGUUCAACGAUAUACAAUUCAUGGAGGACCCACAUUCGACUUAUCCGCGAGCGAGAAGACCAUUCCCUUGGAAGAAGAUCGUUCACUUAAUUGGUACUAUUCUGCCGCUGGGGCUGCUAUUGGCGACGUUAAAACCGAAUGUCAUACGGAUCGGCAAUGCGACAACUCAGCCGAACAUCGUUCUCUCGAAGUACCGGAUCGCCGAUCUGCCGGUCGAACACAAGCAGGCACGCACGCUCGACGAUCAAUUGACCGUUUGCGAGGAUCGAUCGGUCUGCGAAUUGAUCUUGGCCGGCGGUAAGCCACAGUCCAAUAUCCUCCAAAAUGUCCUGUGGAAUUUGGCUACCAGAACUCCGGACGACGUUGCAAAAAGAAAUGGCCUUCGUGACGUCUUCAGCGCCGUUAGGAAGAAAGAUUGUACGACGAUCAGUUGUUAACGACUGCCUAGGAAGCAUACACGCGAUCUCUCUUUCGUUGAUUUAUGACGUUAAUGUUCGCACAUUAUGCAAAUUUCACGGCUUUAUGCGUGAAACAGCGAGAGUAUAAAAAUCGAUGAAACAUCAUUACACCAAUCAUACAGAAUAUUAUCGUUUAACAUAGAUACAAUAUUUCUAACCAUAAUAUAUAUCAGCAUUAAUUAUUAAUUAUUAUAUAUAUAUAUAAUUAUGUGAAAAGAGAUUACUAUAUAGAUAAUAUCGAUAUUACAUUAGUCACAUUAUUUAUCUUAAAUUAAGAAAUCGAGUUGAAAAAAAAAAGAAUACCUCCGCCUCAUUUAUUUUCACGCUGGCGUUCAGCUGUAAUCAUACGCAAAGCAUCUUGUAGUUUAAUAAGAUUCUUAAUAAAAACAUGAUACUGUCAAUAUAUAAACACGAUGAUUUUUCUGAUCAUUACUGUCUCGCGACGAUUAGUGGAAUCUUACCUUUGCGUACCUUUGCAAAUGAGCUUCGCGCUCGGGACGCGAAAGUUGUCAUAAAAUUUCCGAAUGAAGAAAGACGAAGAGCGGACUUGAAAGAGCGAAAGAAUACCGAGGCAAGCCGGAGGUAUGUUAUUCGGAAAUUCGUUCCGCCCGUGCAUCCGCACCGACCUCGUCCUCGCAAGUGAAAGUAGUCGCAGGGUGCAAAAGUAGGUCGCGCGCGGCGUUAUUCUACGACAACGCGGCCCGAGAAUUUACGGAUGCAACGGACUUUCGGACGGCGAAUAGGGGCUGGCCAAUUAUCCCGCACACAGGCCGUACAUUACCGCUGACAAUAAUUACAAGCGGCCGAGGGGGCAACACACGCCGCAGAUUUUUAAUUAACAAGCUGCCGGCGAGAUUAAAACGGGUUAAAACGAAUAAUACGCGAUGGCUUAACGUAAUAACGCGUUGCUUGACAUUCAUUAGUGCUCGAUAUUUAUGUCUUAUGAGAGAAUGUGUCUUAUGAAAAAUUAUAUUGUACAUUGUACCGUGUUGUACGGAAUGAAUCUGUAACGCGUUAUUUCUUUUUUUUUUGUACGAAUGGAUUUCUUUCUCGUCAGAAAUCGCAAUCAAUCUUUCCUAAACAGAAAUAAGACUGUCUAUGUAUUAUUGUGUAAUAAUUAAUACGCAACGAGAGGAAGCCAAAUUUCUUCCUUUUGUUGCGCAUUAAUGAAUUAGCAGGAAGGUUUCUUGGUGAAAUAAAUUUUGAAAGAGAGUACGAAACAAUCGUACCCUUCACUCAAUUUUAAGCGACCUGUAAUUUAACACAGAACGUUAAUUCGAGUCUUAGAUAUAAAGAUGUAUAAUGCUAAUAACUAGAAAGUCGCAAUAAAUGACGAUCUCUCCCGACAUUUUCACUAAGGAAAGAAAUGACACCGAAUUGGUCAAAGAAUCUAAGAAAAUAAUAUGUUAGAAAUAGAACACCGCAAUUAUUACUUUGCACUAUAUUUAGUCACCGAAAGAAUCGGCCUAACACAGCCAGCGAUAUAAAUAUAAGAUUCGAUUUAUCGCACGCGAGGAAGGAAGACAAAGGGGAAGGGGGGAGGAAGUAAUAUAAAAUUAUACGGCAACUUUUAAUCGCGCGAUAUUAUAUAACAUGUAGAACGUAUUACAGUUUCUUGAACGGUAUUCGCAUGACAGUACACAUUUGGAAUCCUUUUUUUUUGUCACGCACCCGGAACUGUCAAGUGCAUAAUCAUCAUUAUUAUCAUUCGAUUACUCCUGUCACUUAGGCUCUGUUAUUUAAUUAAUGAUGCUCGUACCACUUUAUUACAGGUGACGCGGUAUAUCUAUGGUGGCACCGAAAACGUCAGUUCGGAGUAAAUGAUGAAAUAUUAUUUCACGCCGGUA